AUGUCAGGCCAGACAGACACCCCAGGGCUAAUCGACCACCUCAAAUCCGUCCUUCUUGAGCUCAACGCACACCCUUACCCCGAAGUCGCGUGCCCUCCGAAAGUGCCUAAAAGAGCAAGCGUAGCUCUGAUCCUGCGCGUGCAACCAAACUACAACCACUGGCCAGCAUACGCCGAGAAGCCUCUACAUUCUACAUCGCAGCAGCCACCAAAACCACGUCGAAGAUCUUCGGCCGCGUCAGGUUUGGGACAGAAGCUUAGCUUCGAAGACAUACUGCAUGCCUUCUUCGAGCAAGACUGGGUGAAGCACGGCGACCCUGAGGUACUAUUCAUCAAACGAGCGACAAGGAUAGGAGACAAGUGGAACGGGCAUGUCGCGUUGCCUGGAGGAAAAAGAGAUCCAGAGGACGACGACGAUGCCGUCACAGCCAUGAGGGAGGCAUUGGAGGAAGUCGGGAUUGAUCUGGGAUACCACAAUGCGAUCGCAGUAGGAAACCUGCCCCAGCGGAUAGUCACCACAAGCUGGGGCAAGGUGCCGCUCAUGGUACUCUGCCCGUACAUCUACCUCCUCACCUCGCCCAACUACCCAGUCCAACGUCUCCAACCCACCGAAGUGGCCUCCUCACACUGGGUCCCCAUCCGUGCGCUGCUCUCCCCCGUCCUCCGCACCCACGAAUACGCCGACGUCUCCGCGCGCCUCGCGAAAUCCGAGCUCGGCAUGAAGCGCUGGUUCCUCCAAGCCAUGCUCUCGAAGAUGAUGUUCGCAGCCAUCCGCCUGGUGCCCUCGAACUCCACACACUGCGCCACGAUCCCCGACUUCGUGCCUGCAUUCAGCGCGCCUCCAAAAUCGGCCGUCACGAAGGCGAAGGAUCUGGCACUUGGCGAGGAGCGAGGCGAUGGGAAACCGCCGCUGCUGCUUUGGGGCCUGACGCUCGGCAUUGUGAGUGACUUCCUGGAACACAUACCCCCGCAUAAUGCGCUGGAGCUGUGGACGUAUCCCACGUUUACGAGUUGGGAUGUCAGGUUCGUCAUGUGGGCAAUGUCGUACCGGUUCCGGACACAGAAGUCGAUCGAGAUGGCGUCUGUACCUACACAGACGUCUACGACCGCAGGCGAGCAGGAUCUGCCGGGCUUCGGGAGCGAGGCUGUAGGUCCGAUCUUCAGCGAGGGAGAAGAAGGGAAUCAGCCUGGCGAGGUGGGGAUAGCGGGGCUGGGAGUAGGCAGAGGAUGGGAACACACUGGGCGGGCGAAGAUGAUUGCGAGGGGUGCGGCGGUCAAUUCGAUGCUCGAAGGCUACUAUCCCAUUGUGAGACAAGCUGUGGCCACUGCGCUUGCAGGGAGGAUAGGUGUUGUUGCGCUCCUUGCGUUUGUCGCCUGGAAGAAGAUCGAAUGGCAGAGGCUGGUUAAGCUGGAUGUAUAG